AAGCUGCCGACAAGAUUCAUCAUCACACAAGCUCCUCUAGAACACACAUUUGUGGACUUCUGUAGACUGAUAUGUGAAAGGGAAAUUGAGCUUAUUGUUUCCUUUGAUGAUUCAAUGUCUGAGGAAGAAAAAUAUUUUCCAGGCGAAAACGAAACCAAGUCGAUUUCUGGUAUAAGAUUGACUGGUGUAUUUUGUGAACCGACAGACGGAUCAGACUUUUAUACAAGAUCGUUUGACCUUAAUCUUAAUCAAAAGGCACACAGAUUUUCCCAGAUAGUGUACACAGGUUGGUCGCAAACAAUGGCACUCCCCCAGAGUCCUCGAUCAUUUAUGGAUUUGUUGCGCCACGUUCGAAAUGUAACAAGAAGUGAAGCACCUAUCCUAGUCCAAUGCCUUAAUGGCACCGACAAAAGCGGUCUGUUUGUGAUCAUAUGGACGCUUCUGGAACACGUGGACAUUGAUGGUGAGGUUAGCAUACCACGGGUCGUCAGGCACAUGAGGCUGAGGAGAAAACAGAUUUUACCCACCUUCGAGCAGUUCAAGUUUUGUGCAGACUGCAUUGCUCUAGAUGAUGCGAACACAUACGCAAAUUUGCAGAAAAUGUGGUCAUAAAUAUUACAUACAAAUACAAGCAUUUGAUGGAUGAUUCUAUACUGGACACGGAUUAUAUGUCAUUUGUGAGUUCGCGAAUGUUAAAUAUAUUGCACGCCGAGCAAUGAAUACCAUAGCUAUGGAAACAUACAUGUAUGUUUAAUUGUUUAAUGGUUUAGCAAUUUUUGUUAUUGUAUUAUAUGUGCCUUACAUCUGUUUGCUUCGUUAUAUGUGUUCAUUUGUAACAAUUCAGUGUCCACGAAUUAUGUAUUUUUAAUGUUUCAAGUUAAUUUUAUAACUAAUUAAAUAUAUUUACUUGUCAGUUAAUUGUUUUAUAUAAAAAAGCUUACUUAACAAAUUUAACCUCGUGUUGGUAAGAUAACUUAUUGAGUUACGAAAUUUCGAACGGCAUUAACAAUAUACGAUAACAAUCCUCUUUGCUAAAUUUGUAAAACUGAAAGCGUUAUACAUUAAAUAAGCGACAUCAGAAGAAAUAACUAAAUACAAAUUAUAUUCUUCGAACAUUCAGUAAUGAUGACUUCGUCUAGUUUGGAACUGUAAGAUUCUUUUAACGUGAAAACAUAACGAUUUAAAGUAUUGAGUAUUUGACACGACAUUUUAAUAAUUUGAGAUUUGGUUAGUUGUGCAUCAAUUUAGUUAUUUAAGUAUAUGUAUUUUUAGAUAAAGUAACGCCAAAAAGUUAGAAGGUUAAAGCGUUUUCCAACGGUUCACCAUAGAAAUUAACAUUAAAACUUAAAGGUCGCUUAUCGAAAGUAACAACUUUUGUUUUACUUAUAUUGAUUUUUAAUUUGUAUUAAUUACACUAUUUUUCCAUGUAAUUUAAUAGUAUUUGAAUUAUAUGAAAGAACUUCAAAUAUGACUUGAUCAUCAUAGGAUAAUACCAUUUUAUAACCGUGAUCGUUAUGGUACUUUCAAUAUUAGAGUUAAUAUUUUAAAUAAUAACAUUAACGAACAUCAUAGACAGGUUGCUUGAGCAAUGAUCGGCUUAUUUUACGCCAGAGUAUAUAUUUAUGUACUCAGAUGUUUUAUUCUUUAAUGUUACUGCUGAUUUAAAUGAAGAAUACAGUGCUUUACUUGCGAAAACCAAUUUAGAGCUUAUUUAUUUGGACAUAAACGUUUGCCACGGAAUUGAUCGAUGUUUAUUGUCAUAGCAUUAAGCAUAAUCUAAACACAUUAAAAAUAAGUUUAGACUAAUGUUUAAAGCCUUGUUGAUUUUACUUUUAAGUAUAAAUAUACUGUCGACUGCGCAUUUUCCUUAUUUGUAAACAACUUGAAUGUAAAACAUAACUGGUCAUUAUCGGUUUGUUGUGUAUUGAAAUUAUGUUUACGUAAUUUAGUACAUAUUUUAUGAAAGGAAUCAUGUUCUAUUAAGUCAUUAAAAUGAGCAUUUCAUUCAAUUGUAUUGACCCGUAUUUAAAUAAGUUUAUAUAAUGUGUUAGUGUUUUCCAAAAGGUGUUUGAAUGUUUUCUAGAAAUAUUUCCAAUAAUCGCAUUGUUUUUAUACAAAUAUCAUUGUAUGUUGUUCUAUAAUGUAUACAUUUUCGCCUGUUUGUAUUGGAUGUAUUCUUGUUAAAGUGCUUUAUGUGCGUUUAGUAAAUUUCAUUUUGCUGUUGUAUAAGUUUUAUCAAACAUUUAUUUAACGUUUUGAUGCUUUCUGUAUUGUUAAUUAGUUUUAAUACUUUGCCAAUUACAUAAACACUAUUUUCAUAUUGAUAUUGCGUGAAAGUGUCAUUUUGAUUUUUAAAUACUUGUAUAUUUUCAUAUAUUGACACAUACAUUUGUUUUGUUUUGUCAUUAUUAAAUAUUAUAUUGUAUUUGCCUUGAUUUGUUUCGUUUGUGCUGUGUACUUUUAUUAUUGUUUACCGCGAGACAACCAAAAUACAUUGCAACAUGAUCCGAGAAUUUGGUCCUAUCAAGUAUUUAAUGAAAUUCCCAUGAAACGUGUCGUAGUGAAGUCGGUUAAGCUAAGACCUCGUUGCGAGGUGAAAGUGUUAUUACCCACCCUAUAUCGGAUACAACACAAUUUCUUGAAUAUAAUGCUUCUGUAAUAAAAGUAUAUCUUAUGA